GUCUACAGAUUGUACUUCAAGGGUUUGGUGAGUAACGAUAUCGAGGACCGGAAAAAGACGGCCAUGGCUGGAUUCGGAGUCGCGAUUUGCGAUCAGAUGGAUAAGUUGUUAUUUGAGAUAAAGGAACUAGUGAGCGACGCCAAGAUUAACAGCAAAGGAGUUGACAUUAGGGCUUUGAUUGGUGGGUUAAGUGAAUCACUCAAUUUAGGGAUCAGAAAGGUUGUGAUUUAUUGUGAUGACUAUCAGAUUUACCAAAAUAUAAUGACCGGUAAAAGUAACCAUAAGCAGGAAAGAGUUAUUCAACAACUUAUGAAACAAAUCCAAUGCCUUAGACAAAAAUUUGAUCUAUGUGCAGCUAUUCUGGUUCCUCAAAACGAUAUUAAGUUUGCUUUUAAACUUGCCAGAGAGGCAAUUGUUUCUCAAAUCAGCGGCAUCUCCAAGGAGAAAGGAGAAGUUUGUGUCAUUUGUCGAGAAGAAACCGAGGCCGAUUGCAUGUUUGUUUUCGAUAAAUGCCUUCACCGUCAUUGCUAUUCUUGUGUAAAUCAAUUUGUGGAAGUGAAACUGCGUAACGGAGAUGUACCCACAUGCCUUGAUUAUGAAUGCAAGUUAGAGCUAACUCUUGAAAAUUGUAGCAAGGUUUUGAAACCUAAGGUGAUUGAGCUGUGGAAACACAAGAUGAACGAGGAUUCCAUUCCCGUUUCCGAGAGAAUAUAUUGCCCAUAUCCAAACUGCUCGAUGUUGAUGUCCAAAACCGAGAUUUCUCGAUCUGAUCAAACCUUUGAUGGUACAUGUGUCAAAUGUUUUGGACUCUUUUGCAUUGAAUGUAAAGUACCAUCGCAUUCUGAUUUUUCGUGUGCUGAGUACAAGAAACUUCGCUCUGACCUUCUAGUUGAUGACUUGAAGCUAAAGUCUCUAGCAAAUGACCAAAAAUGGCGCCAGUGUGUCAAAUGUGGGCACAUGAUUGAGCUUAUUGAAGGCUGCAACCACAUGACUUGCAGAUGUGGGUAUGAGUUUUGCUACGAAUGUGGAGUUGAAUGGGAGAAGUGUCAAGUGACUUGUCCUACGGGUUAUCCACGUAUUGGCCAAGAUGAUUGGCAUGAAUUUCUAGCUGAUGGUGGUUUAUCUGAUUCUCCCCCUAUCCCCAGUUAUGCUGAUUAUUAUAGUCUCUAUAGUCUCAAUAGUCUCUAGUCUGUGUGUUUGCAUUAAUACAAAGAUUUCAUAGUU